AGGGAGAGUCGCCGAGCAGCAGGCAUGGCCCCGCCGGUGCGGUACUGCGUCCCAGGCGAGCGGCUCUGCAGCCUGGAGGAGGGCGCGGCGGGCAGCGGGACCUACACCCGGCACGGCUACGUGUGCGCGGCGCUGGCCGGCUGCCUGGCGAAGACGAGUGAGGACGAAGCGCUGCCAGUGGUGUCUGUGGUGAGAGACGCCGAGUCCCAGCUCCUGCCCGAUGUAGGGGCCAUUGUGACGUGCAAGGUGUGCAGCAUUAACUCCCGCUUUGCCAAGGUGCACAUCCUGUACAUCGGCUCCACGCCGCUGAAAUCCGCCUUCCGAGGCACCAUACGGAGAGAAGACAUUCGAGCCACAGAGAAAGACAAGGUGGAAGUUUACAAGAGUUUCCGUCCUGGGGACAUAGUCCUGGCCAAAGUGAUAUCCCUGGGGGAUAUGCAGUCCAACUACCUGCUGAGCACGGCAGAGAACGAGCUGGGCGUGGUGGUGGCUCACAGCGAAGCAGGGGCACAGAUGGUGCCGAUCAGCUGGUGUGAGAUGCAGUGCCCCAGGACACACUCCAAGGAGCUCCGCAAGGUGGCACGAGUGCAGCCGGAGUUCCUGCAGACCUAGCUGGCCACCCUGCUUCCAGACUGGGCCCCGUCCCUGCUGCAGGCCAGCCUGAGCCACGGCACAGGAGCUGCAGGCAGCCAGCGCGUGCCUCCGGUGUCAUCCCUUAACCAGAGCAACCCCUGCAGGCCAGUGCGUGCAGCCUGCACCUCCUGGAGCAUCCACUGGAUUUUGGAUUGUGUUAAGGCUAGCGUAGGGGGAGCAGGGUCCCCUAUGUCCUUCUGCAAGUGGUAGCCCCGCUCUCCAGUUAGGUUUUUAAACUGCUGUGCCAUGAACAAUAAAUGUAUUCUUGAAGGGC